AUGACUAGAAAGAAGGUAAAACUAGCAUACAUACUCAACGACUCCGCGAGGAAGGCGACAUUCAAGAAAAGGAAGAAAGGUCUAAUGAAAAAGGUUAGUGAACUUAGCACUCUUUGUGGAAUUGAUGCUUGCGCUAUAAUCUACAGUCCUUACGAUCUUCAACCCGAGGUUUGGCCAUCAUCAAUAGGAGUCCAAAGGGUGCUUUCGAAGUUCCGAAGAAUGCCUGAAUUGGAACAAAGUAAAAAGAUGGUGAAUCAAGAAAGUUUUUUGAAGCAGAGGAUUCAAAAAGCGAAAGAUCAAUUAACAAAACAAAGAAAAGAUAAUAGAGAAAAAGAAAUGACUCAGUUAAUGUUUCAAUAUCUUAGUUCCGAUAAAACUAUGCAAAAUAUAAGUAUGCUUGAUUUGAAUGAAAUGGCAUGGUUGAUUGAUCAAUAUUUGAAAGAUAUCAAUAGAAGGGUUGAAAAGUUGAGUAAGAAUGGUCAAGGACAAUCUCAAAUGGUAGCACCAACAAUGGUGACUAAUGCUGUGGCUAAGAUUGAAGAUAGUGGACAAGGGAGCCACGGUUGUCAUGUUUUGGAUAUGAAUAUGGAUGCUAUGCAUAAACAACAUUGGUUUAUGAAUCUGAUGAAUAAUAGUGGUGGGGAUGAGGCACCACCACCUUUGGGAGAUGUUAAUCAACAAAAUGGAUUUUGGCCAAAUCCAUUUUUUCCUUGA